CUGUGGACGUCCUGCAGGUGUCGCUGUCAGCGGACUGCUAAAGCCCCAUGCCUGGCUGACAGCAGCAACACAACGUGGGUGUCAGCCUGCUGUCAGCCAGGGCCCCUGUGUCAACAGCAGAGGGAAGAAGAACAAGAACAAGAAGAAGAAGAGACACAGAGGAGGAAACCAGAAAGUAACCCUGCUGUAGACAUGGACCUGCGGUCUGAGCUGCUCAAGUCCAUCUGGUACGGCUUCACAGCCCUGGACUUGGAGAAGAGCGGUAAGGUGUCCAAGUCUCAGCUGAAGGUGCUGUCUCACAACCUGUGCACAGUCUUGUGUAUCCCACAUGAUCCAGUAGCUUUGGAGGAGCACUUCAGGGACGAUGAUGACGGUCCAGUUUCCAGUCAGGGUUAUAUGCCUUACCUCAACAAAUACAUCUUGGAUAAGGUUGUUGAAGGCUCUUUUAUUAAGGAAAACGUAGAUGAGCUCUGUUGGACUCUUACGGCAAAGAAAAACUACCAGACAGACAAAACCAGCAGCACUGUUCUGCCAGAGAAAGAUGCUUUUCGACUUUGGUGCCUUUUUAAUUUUCUAUCUGAAGACAAGUACCCUUUGGUUAUGGUCCCUGAUGAGGUGGAGUACCUCCUCAAGAAGAUAUGCAUGGCUAUGAGUAUUGAGUUCAACUGCGUUGAAUUAGAAGACUUCUUCUCCCAAGACUCGGUGCAGCAGAGCGGCAUUACUGUCUGGAUUUUUCUGGGGAUGAUGAACUCGGGAAAGAUAACCAGAGGAAUAGAUAAGAGCAUAACCACCAUGGCUAUAGAGGAAGUUUACAGGGAGAUAGUUGGUGAUGUCCUCAAGGAGGGUUAUCUGUGGAAGAAAGGCCAGCUGAGGAGGAACUGGAAGGAACGCUGGUUCACCUUAAGGCCAAGCAACUUGUCCUACUACACCGGGGAGGACCGCAAGGAGUGCCAGGGCAACAUAGCUCUGGAUGGGAACUGCUGUGUGGAGGAAGUAGACGAUGAUCAAAUAUUGUUCGGUCGUACAAAAUGGAUCAAAAACAUCCUUUACCCAGUGCUGCCAGACCGGGAUGGGAAGAGGUGCAUGUUUUGUCUGAAAACCCUCUCCAAGACGUAUGAGAUGAGCGCCUCAGACACCAAACAGAGACAGGAGUGGACUACAGCCAUUCAAACAGCCAUCAGGCUGCACGUGGAGGGGAAAAACUCCCUCCACAAAGAUCUGAAACUGAAGCGCCGCGAACAACGUGAGCAGCGGGAGAAGAGACGACAAGCCAAGGAGGAGGAGCUGCAGAGGCUGCGGGCCCUGCAGGAGGAGCGGGAGCGCAAGCUGGCGGAGCUGGACCUCCUGAAGGAGGCGCAAAAACAGGCUCAGGCUCUCCUGGAACAGGACGAGCAGAGGAGGCGUCAGCAGCACGAACAGCUCCAGCGGGCCCUGGAGGUCCAGCUGCGAGAGGCUGAGGAGGCCCGGGUCAGUAUGCAGGCAGAGAUGGCUCUGAAAGAGGAGGAAGCAGAGAAGCAGAGGAAGAGGAUCCAGGAGCUGGAGGAGAUGCAGAAGCGUUUGGAGGAGGCGCUGCAGCAGGAGAUCAAAGCCAGGCUGGAUGAGGAGGCCUUCCGUUUGGCUCAAACGGGGUUACUGGCCGAGGAGGAGGAGAAAAUGAAGGCCCUGAUGUCCCUGCAAGAGGAACAAGAAGAGUACAUCCUGAAAACACAGCGGGAGAAGCAGGAGCUGAAACAGGAAAUGGAGGCCAAGUCCCGGGCCCUGGACGAGGCGCAGAGGCAGCUGGAGGAGGUCCGCGCCAACCGGCACCGGGUUGACCAGGAUGUAGUGGCGGCCCAGAGGAAACUUCGCCAGGCGAGCACCAACGUCAAACACUGGAACGUCCAGAUGAACAGGCUGAUGCGACCGAUCGGACCAGGAGAGAAGCGACCGUCGUUGGGAAGCUCUUUCUCAAGCUUCCAGGUCCCAACACAGAGAGAUCCAGGGCUGCGUCUCAGGAGGAGAUCAGGAUCAGAGGAUCAGGACGAGGAGAGCAAAGAAAAUGUUGAGAACCGAGCCGGGAAUGAGAAACGUCACUCCCAUGCCUCUAAUGGAGACAUGGACAUCCCCUAAAAACAUGAAUCAGAAAGGCUGCAUAGAUCACCUCUGUCACUCUGAGGUUUUCUGAUGGUCUCUCCCUGUCUAAAUGUGUGAACAGCAUGAAAACAGUGAAACAUCUACAUGUUAAACUGAAUUUACAGUACUAGCACUUCUAAUAAAUGUUGAAUUUACUGACCUCACUUCACAGACGGCAGCAAAACAUUUAUGAGAAGUUGCAUUUGAAAGAAUUCACUGCUCAACUAAUGCUUUGACUGCAUCCUGUGUGAGGCCUGUUCUGGACAUAAACGAUACCUCAGUGCAACGGAAAAUGAGCUGUAAGCAAGAUCCUGAAAGUACACAGUGAGUUGUGAUGUUUAAAAGCUAAUACUUACAUCCAAUACAAGAAGCUUGUUUGUUUAGCUCUGUAAUAUAGACACAUAACAUUUUUGUAUAUGUAUUUUUGGGUGGGGAGGAUAGGGAGGAGGGUGGCUCGACUUUCUGAUGUAAAAAGUUCAGUAUUAGAGUUUAGCGUUAUUUCAGUCUAAGCGUAUCACUUCUGAUGAACAGGAAACAUAUUGAGAGAGGGAGAGAAACUCUCGUUUAACUUCCUGUUUCUACUGUCAGUUAACAUAAUUGUAAAUAAAAGUGUGAGUUGAUGCCUUACCCUGA